CUCAUUUUUCCUCUUGUUGCUCACAUCACAGUAGGGUUGCAGCAGAUAAACGCCAACACUCUCUUCUCACCUCCCCUUUUUUUUUAUUUCGCAGCCCUCUGAUACGUCAAAAGCCCUCUAAAACACUCUCUUCAAAUUUUCUCUCUAAAACCCUAUCUUUCUCUCUCGAACACUUAUUGAUUAACAAUGGGGGCUUCUCUGCCUCCCAAAGAGGCCAACCUCUUCAAGCUCAUCGUCAAAUCAUAUGAAACUAAACAGUAUAAGAAGGGAUUGAAGGCAGCAGAUGCUAUAUUGAAAAAGUUUCCAGAUCAUGGAGAAACUUUAUCAAUGAAGGGUUUGACAUUAAAUUGUAUGGAUCGUAAAUCUGAAGCAUAUGAACUUGUCCGGCUUGGCCUAAAGAAUGACCUCAAAAGUCAUGUUUGCUGGCAUGUUUAUGGUCUCCUUUAUCGGUCUGACAGAGAGUACAGGGAGGCUAUCAAAUGCUAUAGAAAUGCUUUGAAAAUAGAUCCAGACAAUAUUGAAAUACUGAGGGACUUGUCACUCUUGCAGGCACAAAUGCGGGAUUUGUCUGGAUUUGUUGAGACUAGACAACAGCUUCUGACCUUGAAACCAAAUCAUCGAAUGAAUUGGAUCGGCUUUGCUGUUGCUCACCAUUUAAACUCAAAUGCUACAAAAGCAGUUGAAAUUCUGGAAGCAUAUGAAGGGACACUGGAGGAUGAUUAUCCUCCUGAUAAUGAACGAUGUGAGCAUGGGGAAAUGCUUCUGUACAAGAUCUCUUUAUUAGAGGAAUGUGAUUUUAUUGACAGAGCUCUUGAGGAGUUGCACAAGAAAGAGUCAAAAAUUGUUGACAAAUUGACAUACAAGGAACAAGAGGUCUCUCUACUGGUGAAGCUUGGUCGCCUUGAAGAGGGUGCUGAAUUAUACAGGGUGUUACUGGCCAUGAAUCCUGACAAUUACAGAUACUAUGAAGGUCUACAAAAAUGUGUUGGGCUGUAUUCAGAAAAUGGCCACAAUUCUGCUGAUGAAAUUGUUAAGUUGGAUGAAUUGUACAAAUCACUUGGUCAGCAGUAUACUUGGUCAUCUGCUGUUAAGAGAAUACCACUCGAUUUUCUCCAAGGAGACAGAUUUCGUGAAGCUGCAGACAAUUAUAUUAGGCCCCUCCUUACCAAGGGUGUUCCUUCAUUAUUCUCAGAUCUUUCUCCCUUGUAUGAUCAUGCUGGCAAGGCAGACAUACUGGAAAAACUUGUGCUUGAGUUGGAGCAUUCAAUUAGAAUGACUGGGAAAUACCCUGGGAGGGCAGAAAAAGAACCUCCUUCGACACUUAUGUGGACUUUAUUUUUCUUGGCUCAGCAUUAUGACAGACGGGGACAAUAUGACCUUGCUCUUACUAAAAUUGAUGAGGCUAUAGUGCACACUCCAACAGUCAUUGAUUUGUACUCAGUCAAGAGUCGGAUUCUGAAGCAUGCUGGUGAUUUGGCAGCUGCUGCAGCAUUGGCAGAUGAAGCAAGAUGCAUGGAUCUUGCUGAUCGCUACAUAAACAGUGAAUGUGUCAAACGUAUGCUGCAGGCUGAUCAGGUGGCUUUGGCUGAAAAAACAGCUGUAUUAUUCACUAAAGAUGGGGAUCAGCAUAAUAACCUUCAUGACAUGCAGUGCAUGUGGUACGAACUUGCUUCUGGUGAAAGUUAUUUCCGCCAAGGUGAUGUUGGACGGGCGCUGAAGAAAUUUUUAGCUGUGGAGAAACACUAUGCUGAUAUCACUGAAGACCAAUUUGACUUCCAUUCCUAUUGCUUAAGAAAAAUGACUUUACGUGCCUAUGUAGCAAUGCUUAAAUUUCAAGAUAGGUUGCAUUCGCAUGCAUACUUUCACAAAGCAGCAGCUGGAGCUAUAAGAUGUUACAUAAAAUUGUAUGAUUCUCCUUCCAAGUCGACAACUGAAGAAGAUGAUGAAAUGUCAAAGUUGCCGCCUUCUCAAAAAAAGAAGAUGAGACAGAAACAAAAGAAGGCGGAAGCUCGAGCUAAGAGAGAGGCAGAGGUAAAGAAUGAAGAAUCAAGUGCUGGUGGUGUAUCCAAGUCAGGAAAACGACAUGUUAAGCCUGUAGAUCCUGAUCCAAUUGGUGAAAAAUUACUGCAGGUUGAAGAUCCAUUGUCGGAAGCUACAAAGUACUUGAAGCUGCUUAAGAAAAGCUCACCUGACUCUUUGGAGACUCACCUGCUUUCAUUUGAAGUAAAUAUGAGGAAGCAGAAAAUUUUGCUUGCACUGCAGGCUGUGAAACAGUUGCUUAGGUUGGAUGCUGAACACCCAGAUUCUCAUCGCUGUUUGAUAAGAUUCUUCCAUAAAGUGGGCUCAUUGGCUGCUCCAGUAACAGAUGCGGAGAAACUUAUUUGGAGUGUCUUGGAAGCAGAGCGCCCAUCAAUCAGUCAAUUGCAUGAGAAAUCUCUGAUUGAUGCCAACAAAGUUUUCCUUGAAAAACAUAAAGAUUCUUUGAUGCAUAGAGCUGCAGUUGCAGAAAUGUUAUAUGUUUUAGAACCUAAUAAGAGAUCUGAGGCUAUUAAAUUAAUUGAAGAUUCUACCAACAACCUUGUGCCAGUAAGUGGAGCAUUUGGAACGAUCAAGGACUGGAAACUCAAAGACUGCAUCGCGGUCCACAAGCUGCUAGAAACAGCUCUCAGUGAUCAUGAUGCUGCAUCAAGGUGGAAGGUGCGUUGUGCUGAGUACUUCCCGUACUCUACAUAUUUUGAAGGCAGCUGCAGCUCUGCCAUGCCCAACUCUGUGUACAAUCUAACAGGCAAAAACCCUGAGAAUGGGAGUGCAAGUCAUCCCGGAGUUGGAAAAAUUGCAGAUUCUAUUGCAUCAAAUGGAAAACUAGACGCUUUUAAGGAUCUCACCAUCUGAAAGUCAUGUUGAAUGCAUGCAGCAUCUAACGCACAAUUGUGCUAAGAUUUAAUGGGUAGAGCAUAUAACCAAACAACGGCAGGAAACUACAUUUUUAGGAUAUUGGAUUUGCUUCUGCUGACAGUGGAAGAUCAUUUUGGGGUUAUGUGCAAAUGGUGUCAAUCCCCUCUACUGCUCUCAGUUGAAAUUUUCUACUUUUAGCUGUUCUACUGGCCCAAUUGUUCGAUGCAUUCAUUUGCAAAUGUGUAUAACAUACUCCUAUUAUCUUUUUAGGGUUUGAUUUUUUUUUUUUCCUUUUAAUUAACUCACUACUAGGUGAGAUCUAGACAAGGGUGGUUCUUUUGGGUUUUCACCAAUACUUUGAGGUCAAUCAUUUUAGGUAAGGGGAGCACUAGAGUUUUUUUCUUUUUUUCCAAGUACUGGUCUUACAUACGGUCAGCAUAGAACAAUUUCUUGUAGAGCUGAUCUUCAGAGCUUGUUGUACUUUUUGCCCAAUUCUAUUUAAUGCUUUUAUUGUAUAAACAGUUAAACACUAUACUGAAAAAUUUUGCUACAAGAUUCAUAUAAUAGCAUGUUCAGUUUUGCUGCUUGUUUUGGACA